UAAAAUACAAAUUAUUCGGCAAUAAAAUAUGCUGAAGACAAUCUACACGGAAUGAGAAAGCACUCUCGUUGGGUUGCUUGUGAAAAUACAAAUCCUCAUGAAUCCUAUUUCUGAUUACGCAUCAGAAAAUAAACAACACAUCUGUAAAUAGUGACCCACUAUAACCACAAUCCUUCAGGUGGAGUGAAAUAUUCUUGAACAUUCUUGAUACAAUAUGGCCUUGUUGUUUUAUUCGAGGUUGGUUGCGAAUUACUGCAAGUUCCGACCGGAAAAAGACCUGUUCAUUCGUCCAUUAACAGUUGGUGUCCCAUCAUUUUGUAAACCAGAAUCAGAAGUGGAAGUCAAAGAUGACAACAACAAAAAGCAUGAUCCCUCAAUAGAUAGUACCACUGUUGUUCCUGCAGAAACUAGUAUCAGAUAUCUGAGAAGCGAAGCAUACAAAGAAACUUAUGGUAAUGAGCCAGUGUGGAUUCAGUAUAGAAGAAAUCACAAAGGAGCUUUCCCCCCCCUGAAGACAAGAAAGACAUGUAUUAGAGGUGGUAUAAUUUCAACAGGUAACCCAUGCCCAAUCUGCAGAGAUGAAUAUUUGGUACUGCAUCAUGAGAAUGUGGAUUUACUAAACCAGUUCAUUUCACCACAUACUGGAGAAGUAUUCAGCUAUUCAAAAACUGGUCUGUGUCAGAGGCGUCACUUGGAGCUGCUGGUGGCAAUAGAAAAGGCAAAGGACUAUGGCUUCAUAACUUUUGAUGUUCCUUUUCGUGAAUAUGACUAUUCACUAUAUUAUAAACUCUAAUAGUCUGCCAAGUACAGAGUACCUAUAAUGGAAAGCUAUUCAUUUGUUAUUGUGGGAGGA